AUGACUUCUCUCACUCUCAGGUCUAUUUUCUUGCUUUUCCCCACAAUUUCCCUUUGCAAAGACCUCAUCGUCGGGCCUUCAGUAGUGGAAAUAACAAAAGGGUUCAACGAUGUCUUUCCUUAUGAAAACUUCAAUCGCAACGUCACGGUUCCUAUGUGGGACACCCAUCUGCUGAAUGGAAAGGAUAAGUCCGCUAGUCAAGAAACAUUGGACACGAUUGCCAAUGCUUCUUUCAUAGUCUAUGACGUGGAGUUCUACAAGCUCCUUGGUAUUUCUGGGCCCUUGGAGAAAAAGGAGGUCGAGGAUAUUUUUACCUUCCCUGAUCCCCCAUCCUAUGCAGAACGUCAGAUCCACGAUGGAUCGGUUUACGUACCAGAAGAAAAUAUUCUAUUUGUGGCCGAGCUGUUUUCUCCCAAAGAAGGAUACUCUAUGGAGGCGAUCCCCUACAUCUGGAAGAUGGACAUCACAGAUCUGGUAUCGCCAAACAUAAGCAAAGUGUAUCCAAAUCCCCCCUUGACAAUUGCCAACGGAGCAUAUCACUUCAAUGGAUCUGUGUACUGGGCCCAGGAGGGAAACAUGACCACGCCUAGCUCCAUUGUCAGGAUGGACCCUCGUACCCUGGAGACCGAAGUGGUCAAGAACAACUUUUACGGCCAUCGAUUCAAUUCUAUGAAUGAUAUCGUUAUAUCUGAAGGAGGUGCUGUAUAUUUCACAGAUGGAUAUUAUGGCUGGGACAAUUUCAAUGACACACUCUUUCCUGAACUUGCCAAUGGUAUCUACAGGUGGGACAUGCAGACAGGGAAUAUCAAAAUGGUUGCUGGCGCAGUCGAGGGCGCUUUCUUCAAUCCCAACGGCCUCGCAUUCAAUCACGACCAGUCCAAGCUCUUUAUUUCCAACCGUGGGAAUUCUAGCUCGGAUCCCGAUGGUGCUCGCACAAUCUAUAUCAACGAUGUUACCGCUGACGGUCUUAUAAAUAGAAAUAUGUUCUCAUAUUCUGACACUGGAUUCCCAGAUGGUAUUAAAACUGACAAGGACGGUCGGGUCUACGGUGCCGUGGUCGGAUCAGUCGACGUGUACAAUCCUCACGGCACACUCCUUGGGCGGAUUAAGGUAGCCGAUGGCGAUGUGGCAGUUAACAUGGCAUGGGCUGGCGACUGGCUUUAUAUCUUUGGUCGCAAUAAGAUCUACCGGGUUAAGCUGGCGACUACGGGUCGCUAA